UUCUUUUCCUCAACUCUUCCAACUUCGAUGUCUAUAUAGGCCUCGUCGUUCUGUUCCCUCCACUUCGAGACCUGCUUGUGUUGGCAUCAUCAGCAAUACCAACUCCGGCUUCAUCCUCUUCAUCGCGUUGCUCGUCAUCGUUCACUCGCCACAGCCGAACGAGACAAUCAGAGAUCGAUGACCCAGUUCACAGGUCAACGUAUAGAAUAGAGUUCAUAGAGCUCUGCGAACAGGCAUCAAUAUCAACCAAUCUAGAUUGCCACUUUCUGAGAGAGACGAUGGCUCCCCCACGUCACACUGGUGGAGAAUCUCUGCCGCGCACGUUUACUUGUAGACAGUGCGGUCAGAAGAAGCCGCCUGCUGCAUUUUCUCAAUCUCAGAUUCAAAAGUGGCGCAACAAGAAAAGGAAUGAUCGAUAUAAUACGGUCACCCCCGAGAACGCCGAACUGGUCUGUAAAGACCACGCCUUUGACCAACGUGAACUACGUUGCCAUGGUCCGUGUGAUCGCAUCAAGAUUGUUGAUCACUUUAGUAAAAACCAGCGGAACAACACAGAACCGUGGUGCAUUGACUGUACGGAGUGGAAGCAAAGUUUUGAUGGAAACGAGCUUCCUACUGCAAUGCCUAACGCGCCCCUCGCGGCUCACGAAUACGCCGCCUUCAGCGACGACGACGAUAGUGCUGAUGAUUCCAACGAUGGUCUUCGUAUACAGGCCCGUCAGAAUUCGAGUUAUGACGAUGAAGAGAGCUCUGAUGACAGCUCCGAUGAGGAUGGCAACCCAUAUGACAACCCGACGUUGCUUACCAAUGCAAUUGAUCGUCUCCAGGGCUAUGGCCUUGCAAAUACGGCCGAGCGUACCACCACAGAUGCUGCAUCUACCACAGAUACGGUGAUCAACUCUGGCCGGGGCGGAGUUCACCCAAAUGCUAGCCAAAGUGUUGUUGGAACUGUUAAUCCAGUCCGAACUGUGAACAGCACCCAAGCCAGCACUAUGGGUAGUCAAGGAACAGUGAUCAGCAACCCGAUCCUGUAUGGCUCAAGCCGAACUGGGCCUUAUUCGCAAGGGUACCCUUCUGGUCAGGGAGAUACAGCUUUGAGUAGAGUCCCUCCUCACAGAAGGGGAUUGGUAGCUCCGAACCCUCAAGGUCCGUUGACUGGCACUCAUCAACGACCCGCACAAGCUGGCCAGCUCCCAGGUUGGGGAGACUGUACUCCAUCAUCAUCUACUCGGCCUUUGGCUAGCCAAUCGAACUCAAAGCAGAUGAGUGACAAAGAUAGAGCUGCUGCUCUUGUAAAUCAGCCGCCUGGUGGGUGGACGCCUGCCGUCAAGAAACAAGAGCCCAAAAAAGAGAACACGGACAAGUCGAGGAAGUGGUACAAAGGCGAUAAUCGCAAAGUAUUUCCUGGGCAUAAGAAGACCUUUGGAGAGAGGAUUCAAGAUGGGACGGAAGCUGCCCAUGACUCUGACUCUCCGGACGAGAUGUAGAGUGAGGGAUGGAAUGGUUACUGAUGAGCAAGGCAUGCAAUGCGUUUUGAGUUUGUGGCUCGUUAUUCUACCGCAUAGACUCUGAUUUGUGGCGGGCUUACAAAAUUACACUGUGACUGUCGACUCCGAAGAGAUGCCAUAUGGCGAGCCUUCGACGGUCGUACAUGGAUGGCUGCUCGCACGUUCGGGAUAGGUCGACGGAUGGUAGCAGUAGA